AUGUUAACCAAUAUCCCCAUUGAGCUUCGGGACAUCAUCAUCGACCUCGUCUUAACCACCACAACCCCAGCACCAAAGAGACCCAGCAGGACUGCAGAACGCUUGAAAUCAGACAAACAAAAUGAUUAUCACAAACCAAGCAUAGAAUAUGUAACAACUUCCCUCCCUCUCCUCCUCGUCAACCGGCAGUUUUAUACUGAAACCAAGGCGGCCAUAGGCAGGCUCCUUGAGGACAAAAAGGGGAACAAAGCAGGCACAAAACGCCGAGAGUUGGCCUACACGUAUGAUAUAAUGCUGCUCGAUGAUUCCUAUGUGUGGCCAUCCCAUAUAUGCGUGCCGGUCCUAUCUCCACAAGUCGACAAUGUGGUUGUGACAAUUCAAGCCUUUGGAACCUGUCCAGUUACUAAGGCAAGCAUGGACGGCAUAAAUGCGUUCAGGAGCGACAUGGGCGCAACUGAAGUGCAAUGGGCUUUCUAUCGACCUCUAGUGAAUCUUCUCAAGGGAGGCUCUGGACCAGAUAUGUGGACAAACAAAAGGCAUAGUCAACGUCCGGUAAUUGGGACAUUGCUCCAACCAGGCAGUCUAUCCAGGGGAAUUGUCGUGCGUACUCUAACGUUGGACUUUCAGAAGUCCACAGAUAACACGAGUACCGAUGAUAUAUACCACAAAUGGGCCAUGGGCGAGGAAGGCAAUUUAUUCCAAUCGUGGAAAGAGUGCCGAGGUAUGCCGUCUCAGAUAGAUGGGUGGGAAGAUGUCCAUCGAGUAGUGGUUCGGCCAGAAUGGUUGAUGAAGUAUUUAGUUGGGCAGCUUUCGUGUUUGCUGGGUAUGAGUUAUCAUACAUCGCAGUAUGGCUCGGUUCUAUUCGAAAGAAUUGGAAAAAUAGAGAUCCAGUUAAACGGUGACACUACCAGGGAGAUAAAUCUUGCUGAGAGGCUAGAAGAGCUAGAUUUCAGUCAUCGGAUGGACACCUUUGGACAUCUCCCUGCUGAUGAGCGGAUAGAUGCAUUUCAGAGGUGGAAAAGAGAAGUGCUCCAGUUACGAAAGGACCGUGGUUUGCCAGUUGUAGAAUGCUCAUAA